AUGCGAGGUGAAUUAUGCAUCGGGUCUGCCUCUAUAUUCUCCUUCGCAGCUCUCCUGCUACUCAUCUUCAUGCAUGUUGGUCAAACUAAUGUCUCAUCAGUCCCGCGAAAGAUAGCCAUGGCCAAGGUCAAUGUCUCUCUAUAUGGUGAGGGUCUAACUGUUGGCCUGGGAGACGCCAUCACUGGCCUGUAUACCACGAACGAUUCGGCACCCCUUCAGGCUGGCGCAGGACUUCGACAGUCAUACGAAUUUGGUCUGUACUCCUACUGCGGAUACACGACAGAUGUCCUCGGGACAUGCACAAACCACACCACCGCGCGAAGAUACGAACCUUACGAUACCAUUACGUCCGACAUGCGCGCCAACUACUCUCAACUCACCAAUUUCAUCAUCCAAGGAACGACGUUCAAGGACUCUAAAUAUCUAGGAAGCAACUCCAAGUCUGCUUACUAUCUACUCCUUCUGGGCACGAUUUGUACCGCUCUGGCCCUGUUCACCGGAGUCAUUAAACAUACCGUUGCUUUCCUCAUCUCUGCUUGCUUUGCCAUACUUGGCACGAUAUUUCUAUUAGCAGGUUCCGCUAUCUGGACGGUCAUCGUGCAUAAAUCGCAGGAUAUAAACACGAUCAUCAUAGGCGAACCGACAGCCGUCUCACUUGGUAUUACCGUGUCCACUGGCACGGGCAUAUAUCUCAUGUGGGCUGCGUUUGCCUGCCUGUUCGUAUCCUUGAUACCCUACGUGUCCAGCUGCUGCACCUACCGAGGCUGAGGGCAUCCGGAUGCCCUAUUCUUUGUUUCAUUAUUUUUCUCAUUGCCUCGCCACUAACUGGUUGGCAUUUAUCGGUGCAGUUAUGUACACGGAUGCGCACUUACGAAACGGAACACGAAACGCUAACUUCCCCUACACGGACUUUACGAUACCGAGCACUCUAUUUACCCUAUAGAAAUGAUUGUACGAUACUGAACGCCUAUUGCUGCGUCAUCCUGGAGAAGACUUCUGUCUACAAUGGAAGAGAGAUGGGACACU